AUGAUAUGCACAGAGUUUCUGAUCACACUUGCACUUACAUCAGAAGUGACUGAAAACCCUGCACUGUCCUUUAAGAAAAGAAGGACACAGAUGAGGAAUGGCUAUGCGAAACACAGCAAACAGAGCCUGGGAACAGGAUCCGAAUGUGACCGCGUGCGGCCCUCGCGCGCCGCCGUAGCUGGAGGACCAUCUCCGCCCCUCUCCCGGAUUGGAACCCGGGCCCGGGCCGCUCGCGCCUCUCGGACUCCGGACCCGAGGUCAGAGCCCGCCACCUUCCCCGGCAGGUUCUCGCGCUCAAUGCUCGGCCGUAUCCGUUGCUGCUGCUUCUUAGCCGUCCGUCAGCUUGCAACAUGUCGCAGGGGCGAUCCGGACGCCAGCAGGAUAUUCAGGUGCUCCUGCAGUCCGUCACCGCUCUCGCUCAGCAGAAGAACGUGGAGUUGCUGGCCCCCUGUCCUUGCGAGUCACGCUGGCUGCAGUUUGUACCCGGCUCCUGGAAACCAGUGUUGUGUGAUCCAUGUGCCAGAAUUAGAAUGUGAAAGGUCAACGCAUUUGCGACUUGCAGCUUGGAUACUUUGCAGUGUUCCUGGGGAGAAGCGGGACUUGCAGUGUUGUGGAAAGUUUGCAUUAUCUCAGUGUUUUACGAGGUUGGACUGCCCCGAUAAAUUUAAGUGUUCCAAAACAACGUAUUGUUUGGAAAAAAACUUAAUCUCUUAUCUUUUAAACUUUGUACGCCAUUAUUCAGUUUUACUUCUAGGACCUGUUUUUAAAGAGUGUGAACCGGACACUAGGUACUUUGCAGCAGAGUCUUUGCGUUCAGUCUUUUUUAGGGCAAUGGAAGCAGUGUCUUCAAAUACGGAAGAUACUACGAUGAUACUUAUGGAUUGUGAUUUGCAAAGCAAUGAAGAACAUCAGGCAGAAUUAAUACCUGAGCCUACAACUUGCGUAAGGGAUUUGCCUGCUAACUCAGGCUGGUUACUUUCAGAUUUAAAUGAUAAAGGGCAUCUACAAAAUGAUGUUCCUGAAAGUACAGAAAAAACAGAGGAAACAAAAGAAAAGAGAUUGAAACCAAAAAAGCAGAAGAAAAAUCAAUCUGCUAAAAAUGAAGUCAAAUGUCUUCUGGCAGAACUUCCAUUUCCAAAAGCUGAAAUUCGGGAAGAGUAUGGCUUCACAACACUUCCUGAAAAGACUUCCAAGAAAAAGAGAAAGCGGACUUUAGGUGGUGAGAAUGAAGAUGAUGCAGGUCAAAAAAAGAAGAAAAAGGUUCAUCCAAAUUACUUUGUAUCUAUCCCAAUAACAAACCCAAAGAUUGCAGAUGGCAUCAAGGCUGUGCAACACCUUGUAGUACAAGCAGAUGAAAGACUGUCGAAGGCCAUGAUACCAGUUGCCUGUCUCCAUGUUACCCUUCUUGUGAUGCACCUCGCAAAUGAGGUAGAGGUAAACAAAGCAGUAAAUGCUGUUGAAGAAUGCAAGGAGACAGUGCAGGAAAUCCUGCAGGGAAAACAGCUGACUCUGCGAUUUCAAGGGAUUGCUGAUUUUAGAGGUGAAGUUGUUUUUGCCCAACUGGUGCAAAAUGAACACCUGACAACAUUAGCACUCAUUGCAGAGACUGUGAAGACAAGGUUCCAAGCAAAUGGCAUUUUGACUGGAGACAGCAAAGCUUUUAAACCACACUUGACCUUUAUGAAACUAUCAAGGGCACCAAAACUACGUCACCAGGGAAUUAAGAAAUUUUCUCCAGAACUGUAUAAAAAUUUUGAAGAUCAUUAUUUGGGUGAUGAGAUUGUGACUUGUCUCCAUCUUUGCUCAAUGCAGAAGAAAAAGCAACCAAAUGGCUAUUAUCACUGUGAGACAUCAGUUCCCGUGGGGAAAAAGCGUGAUUCUGACGUAAUUAGGAAUGCUCUGCAGAAAGAAACCAUUACAGUACUGUGCAAACUUAAUCAAAUAAAAGAACUAUUGUCGCAUCCAGGGAUACAAAUCAGAAUACAGAGGGAAAUGGCUAUAAGCAACGCUGCAAUGCAGCAGUGAUAAGCAGGAGGAUCUUACUGUCAACAUUGGUUCUUAUGGCUAUUGUGAAAUGGGAAAAAAAAUACAGUGAUAAAGCCUCAUAGGAAAUGAGAACUGAGGCCACUUAAGAUUAAAUGAGAUUUUUACAUAACCAUUAUUUUAUAUUUCAGCUACUUUGGUUGGAAAGUUUUAAAAUUUAUUGACAAAUUGUGGGCCAAAGGGCCUAUACUGUGCUAUACUGUUCUAUGUUCUAUUUGAUCAACAUGUAAUUUGUAGCUCCUUAUUCAGUUGGAAUAUAUUUUAUAUAUUAUAGAUAUAUGUGCAUCUAUUUAUAUAUACUGCUUUUGUUUUGCAAACAUUAUUAAGUUGAAUGUUGCCAUUGCUGGACUGACACUGGUUACUUUUGGACCAUCAGUGAGAGAUUACCUGAAGAAUACAUGUUUUGUUUUGGUGGUCUAACCAAUUUAAACCAGAAGAGGUAAAUGGAAAGAACUGUUCAGAAGACUACUCAUUUCAGUUUCACUUGUUUCAGACUAAUUUGCAUAGCUGCAUAAGUGUUCUUGAAUAAGUCAGUAGGUUUUAAUUCAUGAAAUGUAAUUUGUCUCGGCAAAUAUUAUUAGUUUACGGUCUAUUAACUUUCCAGCGCUGAGUUAUACGAAUGUUUUCUGGCAUUUGAGAUGGCGUGAACCUUUUGUUUGUUUAGCCAUUAGCGGACUGAGGCCAUCACAUGCUAAGCCAGCAACAAAUGCAUUUAUUGCCUAGAGGGCAAUUUCUGAGUUGGCCUCAUAGCUGUGUAGGCCAGACCAGGUAAGGCAGAAGAAAAAGCCAGUUUAUUUUUCCCUCCCCUCCCAUCAAUAGUCAGCAGACUCUUAAUUCUAGAUUUUUACUGAAUUCAAAUUCUACCUUCUGCCAUGGCAGGAUUUGAAACAAGUUCCCCAGAGCAUUACCAGGGUCUCUAGGUUAACAGUCUAGUGAUAACACCACAAGGCCAUCUCCUCCCCUUGAAUUAGCUGCCUCAUUUGUAUACACCAACAAUUCAACAUUCUUUACAUGGUAGCUCAUUUUAUCCUUAACAAAUUUUUGUGGCUAACAUAAUUACAUCUUAGAUGCUGCAGUUCUGAAAUAUUAAAGUUAAUAACUUUCAAGUAUUGAUUGGUUGAGUUGAAAGACUGCCAAAAGCAAAAUUAUUAUGCCAGUGCUUAAAAGCCAAAUAAGUAUUUCAGGUUAUUUAAACUAUUGUUUGAAUUCAUGAGCCACUUGUGUCCCAUUGGAUCUUUGACCCCUUCAGUUCCAAGAAGGAGCAAAGCAUUGUUUCAUAGUCAAAGCCUAAUGGCAGAGUUUUUAAUAAUGGGUUCAAUAUUUAAAUUUUGUGAAUAAUAAAUCAUUCAAAAUGUCAAAUAUGAUUGAGCAAUAUGGUCAAAUUGUGACUCAUUUUCAUUUAAUUUUACAACAAGCUCUUUUUCUAUCGCUUUGGAAUCAGUUCCUUAAGCCAAUGGCCCAUAAUGGUUUUAAGAGCCUGAGGUGAAUAAAUAAAUCACCUAGUGUAUGGAUUUCUAAUAGCUGUGAAUGCACAAAAAUGGUUUAGAUAAGUUAGAUGAGCACUUCAGAGCAGAGAGAGGCACUAAAACACUGCUUGCACCAAAUGCACAUGAAUAAUUUUCAUAUAGAUGAAAGGGUUUUGCUUUUUUAUUUAAAAAUAUUUUCCAUUCCUUUAUUGACUUCGCCAUUGUUGAACACAAAGCACUCUUUUCUACUGAAAUUAUUUAACGAAAUAAAAUGUAACAAUGUUAGUUUUAAGCUGAUUUUAGUUGAGGCCAGGGAAAGAAUGAAAGCAUUGGUUAUGAAUUCAUAUAGCAAUUUUUAAAUGUUCUUAUUGGUUUGUGGUUGAUUAAUGAUGCAAGCUAGUGGUUUAAAGUAUGACUGUAAAAUGUUUUAAAUAAAAGUUAUUC